GUCUUCUUUGUCACAUUUCCUGUAUUUGGGGGGGGGGCAGAGAGAAGGCUGUUCUCAGGGCCUGCUCCACCGUGAGGGAGACUGAGGCUGCCCCCUCAGGCAGCAGAUGCAGAGAGGGGCAAGGAGGGGACUGAGCUGAGUGCCAUUUGGCCUGCCCUGAUUUCACCCUCUAUCCUCUCAUCCAGGGGAAGGUGCUGUCCCAUUGCCAGUGUCCUCGACACAAUGCAGCAGCCUCAGGAAGUCAAUGGUGCAGGAUGAUUUGGGAAUGUGUGCAGUUGGACUAUAUUAGGAAGAUGUUGGAGAUCAUGGAAGGAGGAGGAAAUGAAAUACAGAUAUUCAGCAUUUUCAGAAGAGGGGGAAGAUGGCGAAAGUGUGUCCCACCAGAUAAGACUCCCAUCAUCCCUGGCCAUGGGCCAUCCUUACUUUGGCAGGUGGUAUUUUGUGUCCAACCACAUCUGGAGGGUCAGAAAUGCCUCACCUCAGCAUAGAAGGUUCCUCUAGGGAAGCAUUUCUCAACCUUGGAUCCUCGCAUGCACAUGGAAGCUCAAACCAAUGACAAACUUACUUGGUCUCUAAGGAGCUACUGGAAGGAAUUUUUCUAUUUUAUUUUUAUCUAGACCCUAAAACUACAAAUCCAAUGUGCCCACACUCGGCAGGGGUGGGGGAUUAUUGUUCAGAGGAUAAAGAAUUUCAUGGUGAACUUAGGACCCUGAUGAAUAGUGGGCAGGUUCAUGGACAUAGAGCAGCUCCCUUUCCUGUGAGAAACCUCAUUAUUUAAAAAAUAAAUUCCACAGUUCAACCGUAUUCUAAGAUAAUGCUGCUCCUUAACGUUGAUUAAGGGUUAGGAAAGCUUGUUGUAGCAUUACCAUUAUUUAGCAUUAUUUCAUCUGCCUUUCCUAAAAAUUUAGAACAUAUGGAGGACAGGUCAUGAGAUAAUGUACGAGAUUUUAAAAUACAAGAAGGUGCUAAUUGAUGUUUGUAAUAUACCUUUGUUCUCUUCCUAGAAAUCAAAUAGGGUCCGUCCCCACCCCCCACCCCCGUCGAAAGAAGACAAUGGAGAAGGCAGUCAAAAUUAUGGUGGGCCAUGUCCAAUAGGAAUAAUGAAGAAAUCAUUUAAAUACAUGGAGUGUGAAAAGAGAAAGGAGAAACAAUUUGAAAGUAUGGAGUGUGGGAAGAGCUUCAAUGGCAGUGGAACACUAAGAAAACAUCAACAGACUCACAUAGGAGAGAAACCAUUUAAAUGCAUGGAGUGUGGAAAGAGCUUCAGUCAGAGUGGAAAACUUACAAUUCAUCAUCGAACUCACACUGGGGAGAAACCAUUUAAAUGCAUAGAGUGUGGAAAGAGCUUCAGUCAGAGUGGAAACCUUAGAAUUCAUCAACUGAGUCACACAGGAGAGAAACCAUUUAAAUGCAUGGAGUGCGGAAAGAGCUUCUGUCAGAGUGGAGACCUUAAAAUUCAUCAACGGACUCACACAGGGGAGAAACCAUUUAAAUGCAUGGAGUGUGGAAAGAGCUUCAGUCAGAAUGGACACCUUAGAAUUCAUCAACGGACUCACACAGGGGAGAAACCAUUUAAGUGCACGGAGUGUGGAAAGAGCUUCAGUCACAGUGGAACAUUAAGAAUUCAUCAACGACGUCACACGGGGGAGAAACCAUUUAAAUGCAUGGAGUGUGGAAAGAGCUUCAGUCACAGUGGAACAUUAAGAAUUCAUCAACGAAGUCACACGGGGGAGAAACCAUUUCAAUGCAUGGAGUGUGGAAAAAGCUUCACUGAGAGUGGAAAACUUAGAAAUCAUCAACGGGAACACACUGGGGAUAAACCAUUUAAAUGCAUGGAGUGUGGAAAGAGCUUCAGUCAGAGUGGAGACCUUAGAAUUCAUCAAUGGACUCACACAGGAGAGAAACCAUUUAAAUGCACGGAGUGUGGAAAGAGCUUCAGUCAGAGUGGAGACCUUAAAAUUCAUCAACGGACUCACACAGGAGAGAAACCAUUUAAAUGCAUAGAGUGCGGAAAGAGCUUCAGUCAGAAUGGACACCUUAGAAUUCAUCAACGGACUCACACAGGGGAGAAACCAUUUAAAUGCAUGGAGUGUGGAAAGAGCUUCAGUCACAGUGGAACAUUAAGAAUUCAUCAACGAAGUCACACGGGGGAGAAACCAUUUCAAUGCAUGGAGUGUGGAAAGAGCUUCACUGAGAGUGGAAAACUUAGAAAUCAUCAACGGGAACACACUGGGGAUAAACCAUUUAAAUGCAUGGAGUGUGGAAAGAGCUUCAGUCAGAGUGGAGACCUUAUAAUUCAUCAACGGACUCACACAGGAGAGAAACCAUUUAAAUGCAUGGAGUGUGGAAAGAGCUUCAGUCACAGUGGAACAUUAAGAAUUCAUCAACGAAGUCACACGGGGGAGAAACCAUUUCAAUGCAUGGAGUGUGGAAAGAGCUUCACUGAGAGUAGAAAACUUAGAAAUCAUCAACGGGAACACACUGGGGAUAAACCAUUUAAAUGCAUGGAGUGUGGAAAGAGCUUCAGUCAGAGUGGAGACCUUAGAAUUCAUCAACGGACUCACACAGGAGAGAAACCAUUUAAAUGCAUGGAGUGUGGAAAGGGCUUCAGUCAGAGUGGAGACCUUAGAAUUCAUCAACGGACUCACACAGGAGAGAAACCAUUUAAAUGCAUGGAGUGUGGAAAGAGCUUCAGUCACAGUGGAACAUUAAGAAUUCAUCAACGAAGUCACACGGGGGAGAAACCAUUUAAAUGCAUGGAGUGUGGAAAGAGCUUCAGUAGGAGUGGAGACCUUAGAAUUCAUCAACGGACUCACACAGGAGAGAAACCAUUUAAAUGCAUGGAGUGUGGAAAGAGCUUCACUGAGAGUAGAAAACUUAGAAAUCAUCAACGAAGUCACACUGGGGAUAAACCAUUUAAAUGCAUGGAGUGUGGAAAGAGCUUCAGUCAGAGUGGAGACCUUAGAAUUCAUCAACGGACUCACACAGGAGAGAAACCAUUUAAAUGCAUGGAGUGUGAAAAGAGCUUCAGUGGGAGUGGAGACCUUAGAAGACAUCAACGGACUCACACGGGGGAGAAACCAUUUCAAUGUAUGGCGUGUGGAAAGAGCUUCAGUCAGAGUGGAAGUCUUACAAAACAUCAACAAACUCAUACAGGGGAGAAACCAUCAAAGUCCUAGGGAAGUGGAUUGAGGUUCAGUUGUGGUGGAAGUCUUACAAACCACCUAAAGACUCUGAGGCGUAAGAGCUGUAAGAGUGGAAACUCUACAAGCCAUGAAUUAACUCAAAGAAGGGAAAUGGUUUAAAUAGAAGGAUUGUGGGUUGAACCUAUUUCUCUCUUUUUGUGUGUGUAAUAUAAUCUUUAUUGGUUUCCCAAACUUCAUACUUCCCAUAUAGAUUACAUUACAUUGUACAUUUGUAGCUUCCUUAUAUGAGCUGACUUCCCUUCUUCUUCUGACUUCUUCAUGUCGCUUUUAAAUUAUUUGCAUAGUCUUUGUUCGUCUUGUGCACUAUCGUUUGUUUACAGACUUAUCUAUUAAUUGUAAGUAGAUAACCCUUUCUAUAUAUACAAAUCUUGUCUAUCUUACUAUUUGUGGAUACAUUUAAUUAUUUUGAUUACCUUGUAGUUCAUGCUGUCAUUAUUACUGUUAAUCCAAUAAAAAUAUUUAUAUGCACAUUAUGAGGUUUAAUUCAAUUCUACUGGUUUCUCUAUUUCACACAAAUAUUUUCUAUAUUGAUAUAUAUAUCACAGAUUUUUCCCAUUCUUUUUGAAAUGUUUCAUCGAUCGCCCUGUUGUCGCAUUUUCCCCGUUAAUUUAGCCAGUUCUGUGUACUCCAAUACCUUCUGUUGCCAAUCUUCCACCGUUGGCACUUGUUGUUUCCACAUCUGAGCUAGCAAUAGUCUCGCCGCAGUUGUAGCAUAUGGGAACAGUUUUUGAUUAAUCUUAGCAAUAUCUUCUCCAACCAUUCCUAACAAGAAUGCUUCCGUUUUUUUUCUGGAAUGUGUAUAUAAGAAUAUUCUUUAAUUAAUUGUAUGUAAUCUCCCAGUAAGUUUUCACCUUGUUGCAUAAGCACCACACGUGGAAAAAAUACCUUCUUUCACCCCACAUUUCCAACCAUUUUUGUUUCCUGUUUUAUACAUCCUUAUUAGUUUGGUUGGAGUGAGGUGCCAUCUAUACAUCAUUUUAAAUAGAAUUUCUAUUAACAAUGUACAUGCCAUGAAUUUUAACCCUGUGUUCCAUAAUUUUGACCAUUUUUCAUAUUCAAUAUUAUGACCUACAUCCAUUGCCCAUUUGGUCAUAACACCU